CUCUAUUUUGUUCAUUCGUCUUGAGACUUCAAGUUCCUGAAACAAGCUAGACUAGCCGAUUCCUUUGCCUGGGGUGGUAAUUUCCAUCACUUUGGCUAAAAUAUAGACUGAGCUAUUUUUUCCGACCAGAGCAGUAUCGACAAGUUCAGUCCUCAGUGCUCUGUAGGUCAGUGCAAUCUUCCCAACAACAUAAGCGUCGUUCAUUUUUCAUAUCUUGGCGUUUUCUUCCUUUUAUAGAUUCCAUCAAAUAAAUUGUCAUGUGAUUUACUGUUUAUAUGGGCAUGAACAAGCCACCGUUUCUCCAGUUAACGUUCAUUCUAUUGCCAGUAAGAUUUCACCGGUCUCUGUGACAACCUCACAAAUUAUUAUCUCUAGCUAUAAUGCAGCACUCUGUAGCAACUUUUUAAACGCUAAUAUCAAUCAGACGUUGACAGUGCCGCCCUGGCAGAUUUGUAGCGCGAGGAUAAUUGAUUAGCGCCAGAAUAGCAGGUCUAAGAUUUAUUGAUGAACUGAGUAGGCUAUAGCUUCGGAACGGUACGUGCAGAGCCAAUACAUUCUCCUAAAAUAGCCGUGUAAUAUCGAAGACCUCCCCUCGAUUAACCUAACCCACCCAGCCUAAUUUUAGCCUACUAUAUAGCUGGCCUUUUUCAUCAGUUUUUUUUUUGGGUAAAAUUCUCUCCGGGACAUUCAAAAGCAUAAUUCAACGAGAAGAACAACAGACUCGCCAUGCAACGUCUAAAAUCAGCGUCGCUACUGAACUGUCACGAAAUUCUGACACCCAGAAACAAGGGCUUGUUUUCUGAAAACUACAAGUCCCAGUGACCUCUGGCAGCUUAAAACACGGAGGCGGGCCGAUCUCGCGCAAUAACAUUGGGGAAAUGGUGUACAUGGCACGGCAAUGGUGCCGUUGAAUCCAAUGUCAUAUCUGCUCUCCGAAGACUACAACUUUCGCGAUGCUCAGCGAAUAUGAUGACACGGGUUUAAAUGGCCCCAGGCCGUGUCGGAUGCCGUUAAAAUGGAUAUUAAAACUGCGGUUUUCAACGCGGCUCGAGACGGGAAGGUGAAACUUAUUCAGAAGUUGCUGUGCAACAAAACUCCGCAGGAGUUGGAGGCGCUUGCGGAGGAGAAGACGCAGGGAGGCACGCCGCUGCUAAUCGCGUGCCGGUACGGUCACCUGGAGGUGGUCGACUACCUUCUCCAGCAUUGUAAGGUUAAUGCGGAACUUGGGGGUUCGGUCAAUUUCGACGGGGAAACUAUCGAAGGAGCCCCACCUCUCUGGGCAGCGUCUGCCGCGGGGCACCUGCCGGUCGUGCGCAGCCUUCUGAAGCACGGCGCGUCCGUCAACAGCACGACGCUGACCAACUCGACCCCGCUGCGCGCCGCCUGCUUCGACGGCCACCUGGAGAUCGUGCGCUACCUGGUGGAGCACCGGGCGGACAUGGAGGUGGCCAACCGGCACGGGCACACCUGCCUGAUGAUCUCCUGCUACAAGGGCCACAAGGAGAUCGCCCGGUUCCUGCUGGAGCGCGGCGCGGACGUCAACCGGCGCAGCGUGAAGGGCAACACGGCGCUGCACGACUGCGCGGAGUCCGGCAGCCUGGACAUCAUGAAGAUGCUGCUGAAGUGCGGCGCGCGCGUGGAGCGGGACGGCUACGGCAUGACGCCGCUGCUGGCCGCCAGCGUGACGGGCCACACCAACGUGGUGGAGUACCUGGUGCACCAGCCGCGCACGGCGCGCCCGGACCGCGUGGACGCCCUGGAGCUGCUGGGCGCCACCUUCGUGGACAAGAAGCGCGACCUGCUGGGCGCCAUGCGCUACUGGCGCCGGGCCAUGGAGCUGCGGCAGCCCGGCGGCCGGGCGGGCGCCCUGGCCAAGCCCGCCGCCGCGGGGCCCCCCGUGCCCGCGUACGACCACGCCCGCGAGGCGGCGACGCCGGAGGAGCUGGAGGCGCUGAUCGCGGACCCGGACGAGAUGCGCAUGCAGGCGCUGCUGGUGCGCGAGCGCGUCCUGGGGCCCGCGCACCCGGACACGUCCUACUACAUCCGCUACCGCGGCGCCGUCUACGCCGACUCGGGCAACUUCGAGCGCUGCGUGCUGCUGUGGCGGUACGCGCUGGACAUGCAGCAGGGCAACCUGGAGCCGCUCAGCCCCAUGACCGCCAGCAGCCUGCUCUCCUUCGCCGAGCUCUUCUCCUUCGUGCUGCAGGACCGCGCCAAGGGAGCCGUGGCGACGCGCGUCACCUUCCGCGACCUGAUGGCGGUGCUCGGCAGGAGCGUGCGCGAGGUGGAGCGGGCGGUGGCGCAGCGGGACGGGCACCCCGACGCGCCCCAGUUCACCAAGGUGCUGUCCAUCAUCCUGCACCUGCUCUUCCUCCUGGAGAGGCUGGGCGGCGGCCCCGAGGAGGAGCACCAGAAGAGGCAGGCCGUCUACCGCCUGCUCAAGCUCCACCCCCGCGCCCGGAACGGCCACACCCCUCUGCACAUGGCGGUGGACCGCGACACGACGGCCGUGGGGCGCUACCCCGUGGGCCGCUUCCCGUCGGCGGCGGUGGCGGCGCUGCUGCUGGAGUGCGGCGCCGACCCGGACGCCCGCGACUCCGACAACAACACGCCCUUGCACGUGUGCGCCGCCAGCGGCAGCCCCGACAUCAUGGCGGCGCUGGUGCGCGCGGGCGCCCACUUCGACGCCACCAACGCCGCGGGCAGGACCGCCUGCGAGCUGCUGGAGGAGCGGCACGGCGGGCGCCACGCCAUGCCGCCGCUGGCCCACGUCACGCUGCAGUGCCUGGCCGCGCGCGCCAUCGAGAGGCACAGGCUGCCUUACAAGGGCCUCGUCCCGCGCGAGAUGGAGGCCUUCAUCGAGCUGCACUGACCUCGCGACCUCUGACCUCCGACCUCCGCCCGUUUUUUUGUUUUUGUUUGUUCCCUCCUCUUUCCUGUCAGAGGGGUGUGCACAACGACGGCCAAUUUCACGCCUGCUCUCUUGCCGCUGAAUUUUUAUUUUUACAAAAAUU